AUGCCUCCCGGACGACCCCGUACCCGCGUUAUCUCUAACGAGAAUGACGAGAACAGCACCACCACGCGUAUGACCAGGGCCAAGGCGGCGGCUCUUAGCGUGGACGAUUCAGCACCUCCCUCCAAAGUUGGCCUUCAAACGAAGAAGGCAGCUGUUAGCACCACCACUGCCACCGGACUUAGGAAACGCGCUGCACUUGGCGAUGUCAGCAAUGUCAGCAAAACCGAUGCCGCUGAGGGAAAGAAGGCUGCGGCCAAGGGUCUGGUGUCCAAGGCUGCUCAGCCUACGGGCAUUCAAAAGAGCACUCGCCCUGCCGCUGGUCGGACAGCAUUGAGCAGCAAGGAAGUGAAGAAGCCAGAGAUCAAGAAGUCGGGAGCUGGUACAAUUCCACCCAAGAGAAAGGUCCCGGCGGCUGCACCCAAGGAGGAGGUGGUACGCGAGGCUGUGGAGCCCGCUCGCAAGAAGGCACAUCUGGAUGCUGAGAAGCGUGCUCGCUCUGAAGUCGUUGAUUCUGAGAAUAAGGCUCCUCAGGCUGCUUCCUCCAAAGUUGCCCCCGUCAAGGCCGCUCCAGUCAAAGCCGCCCCAGUCAAAGCCGCCCCAGUCAAAGCCGCUUCACAACCAGAUCCCGAGGAGUUGGCAAAAGCCGAGCUGAUUGCUAACAUCAAGAGUCUCGACGAGGAGGACUUGGACGACCCUCUGAUGGUUGCCGAAUAUGCGAAUGAUAUUUUCGACUACUUGAGAGACCUCGAGGUUCAAUCAGUUCCCAACUCUGAUUACAUGUCUCACCAGGACGACCUCGAGUGGAAGACGCGAGGAAUUCUCAUUGAUUGGCUUAUUGAGGUUCACACUCGGUUCCAUCUGCUUCCCGAAACUCUGUUCCUGGCCGUCAACAUCAUCGAUCGAUUCCUCUCCGAAAAGGUUGUCCAACUCGACCGCCUCCAGCUUGUCGGUAUCACUGCCAUGUUUAUUGCCUCCAAAUACGAAGAGGUCCUGUCUCCUCACGUGGAGAACUUCAAGAAGAUUGCCGAUGACGGUUUCAGCGAGGCUGAGAUUUUGAGUGCGGAGCGUUUCAUUCUUAGCACCCUUAACUAUGAUCUCAGCUAUCCCAACCCUAUGAACUUCCUUCGCCGAGUCUCCAAAGCGGACAACUAUGAUAUCCAGUCACGUACCAUUGGCAAGUAUCUUACGGAGAUUAGCUUGCUGGACCACCGAUUCAUGGCAUACCGCCCCAGUCAUGUUGCUGCUGCUUCCAUGUAUCUGGCGCGACUCAUGCUUGAUCGUGGCGAGUGGGAUGCAACUAUUGCCUAUUAUGCAGGUUACACAGAGGAGGAGGUCGAGCCUGUUGUCAACCUCAUGGUUGACUAUCUAGCGCGACCUCCCAUUCACGAAGCAUUCUUCAAGAAGUAUGCUAGCAAGAAGUUCCUCAAAGCUUCUAUUCUUUCUCGCCAAUGGGCCAAGAAGAACGCGUCGUUAUUCGGCAUCGAGGAUCUUCACCUGUCUUUGGACCAAAUUUCAUGA